GUUUUUUGAAGGUUACACUUAGUUUUCCAACUCAGAGUGCUGGGCAUAAACGUGUUACACUUUAAUCCGUGGUGUGCUAGGCUACGAGGCUCUCCAGCUGACCAGUGACGUCACUAAAAGCCCCGUAUGACAUCAUGGAAGUUGGGCGUGGCCAGUCCACCGGCCUUUUGGCUGUGGUCGUUAUGGCUUCAAUAACUAGUUUUAACAGUAAUUCGGUGGGCGGAUCAUCGACCAUACCAGAUGUUAGUUUUGUAUACGAGAUGACGAAAUUCCCUUCCUAUACCAACGCGUUUUGUGUCACCGGAAAAGACGGUUUGAGACUUCAUGCAACCACCAUACCAAACUACUACAACCCUGAAAUUGAAGACCUCCCAGAGAAGAAUAGAAUAAACUUCAAAUGGGACAAAGACGGUAGAAAGUCUAGUCGAGGUCUGGUGUGUGCAGACGAAGCCAGCGCCAAUGUAUCCGUCCCAAUCACGGGUGAAUUGGCGCACAACAUCCCCGGUAGUCUUUCUGUAACCGUCAGUCGGGAACAAGAACUGCGCCUGAAAUUAGAGAACGCUACUAGCAUGGGGUUCGUGUGGUGGCAGAAAGAACCCGUUGUUAGAGAUGAGACUUGGUACAAAGCAACUGUUACUGAGGACAAGAUACUGAAAAUACCCUUCAGUCAGCUCAACGGCUCUGGUCUUUAUUCGAUCGCAUCUACUAAGUCCGAUCCUGUCAAAACCUUUGGAACUUUUACUGUUAUUGUGAGAGAGUGUCCCGAGCACAAGUACGGCACAGGAUGCAGUGAGUGGUGUCCCGACUGCAUGUACGGGGGAGAGUGCAGCGCUGGGGAGGGAGAGUGCGUGUGUCCCCCGGGCCUGUCGGGAAACCGCUGCCAGACCAAAUGUGAAGGGAACAAAAUUGGAAAAAACUGCAACAUUGACAUAGAAGGCAAGGGCACACAGAUCUGUCUGCCGGCUCCCUUCGGCUGCCAGUGCGCCCCUGGGUACAUGGGUCUCAGGUGUGAAACAGAUUGUCCUGAAGGCUUUUGGGGUGCAGGUUGCCUUCAGAAGUGCUCCCAUUGCAAAAAAGGUUGCACUCGAAUCGCAGGACUAUGCAGUGAAGGCGAGGAAGCAGAUUGUGUUGGAGGUGACCUAGGACUUCCACGUCUCCGGAAACCUCCAGGAGUCUCGGAUAUCAAGCAUGAUCAGGUGACCGUGACCUUCGAGUACUGGUAUGAGAAUGACGCAGACGGCGAACUGCCCCAGGGGACUUUGCUGGGGAACUACAUCGUUGUGUACUGGGUACAAGGUGAUCCAGAGAGCGCCCGCAAUAUAUCAUCCUCGAACAAUAAAAUACACCUUACUGGAUUGAUAGGGAAGACUAACUACACAGCUAAGGUUCUUGUCGAGGUGAUUAACGGUGUGAAAAAGUGCUACGAAGACGGCGAGAAACGAGGCAGAGUCCAUAGUGUAGACUUCGCAACAACUUGCCCGGACACACCGCCGACAGUGAAUGAUGUUCGAACAACCAAAAAAACACCGACAUCUUUAACCAUUGAGUGGGAGGAAGUACCGUACCUAACCAGAUGUCAUCUAGAAUACAUCAUCGAGAUAUUCAGUCGUGCAUCUACACCCAUCGAGAAACAGCACUUACAAGCAGGGAGAUCUACGGUGACCCAGCUGACGCCCUUCACGAACUACACGUACCGGGUGUCGACGAAGAAUACUGUAACAGGGAAAGUUAGCUCGACAGGUCGUUUUGAGGCGAGGACCAAUCCUACUGUUCCCGAUCCGCCCACAAUAAAGAUACGACAGACAGACACAGAAACAGUAGUAUUCUCAUGGGUGACCAACGCCGAUGGGUCCGUCUUCUACAAAUAUAAUUAUAAUGUAAUUUGUUUCUAUCGUUCAGUUCGUGUGUUUGUGGUCACUGUGAAUAUAACCUGUUAUGGAAGUGAACUCCAUCUGCUGUCUGACAUGACCUUUCACCCUCUGCACUUAUCUGACCCCUGGUUAUCUGACCAUCGACCUUUCAACAGUAUGCCAACAAGAAUGAAACCGCCCAUCUUCGUGGUCCUAUUUCUGUCUGUCCUUAUUGCAAGAUACUUCGAGGUCCAAGCUGGGGAAUGGGAGGAAGAAUCAGUUGAUGAUGGAAACCAAGACGAGGAUAUUUUGGAAAACCCCAGAAAGCUGCCC